AAUAAUCUGUCUGAGGGAUCUCAAAUGGAAUUGUACUGGGAUGCUUUACAGAAAUCAUGGAUUUGGGAAGAACUGCACAGAGCACGAAACUAUAGACCAGCAUUCGAAUAUGGUCUCUUUCCUGGUUUGGCCUUCUCUGCAUUGGAACGCUAUCUCCUUAGGGGAAAGUUGCCUCUCACACUAAAACAUGGAAAGCCUGAUCAUAAAUCCACGGAUAUUGCUAGCACCCAUGCUCCAAUCAAGUAUCCAAAACCAGAUGGACAGGUGUCCUUUGAUGUUCCAACUUCAUUGUACAGGAGCAACACAAAUCAUGAACAUGAUCAGCCAGUUCAUCUCAAAUUGAGGGAUCCCAGAAUUCCUGAACUUGUUAAUCUUCCAAAAUUUGCUGGACCAGAGGCGCGCUACUGUCCUGCUCGUGUUUAUGAGUAUGUUUCUGAUGAGAAGCUUGGAUUAAAGCUACAGAUCAACGCUCAAAAUUGCCUUCAUUGUAAGGCUUGUGACAUUAAAGAUCCAACGCAAAACAUCGAGUGGACUGUGCCAGAAGGCGGCGGAGGUCCUGGGUAUACAAUCAUGUAAAAUGUCCAUUUGAAUUGUACUUCAAGAUAUUUGCUUCUAUUGGACAUGAUUGAUUCCAUGAAGAGGUUUCUCAUAGUUGCUGCUCUUCUAUAGCUGAGGAUGCAACCAAUCAUGACCGUUGGAUGUAAAUGUCAUGUAGAUAUACUGUUCAUUCGCUUGACAGAGAGCAGUAGGCAUUAAACUUCUGUAUGCCCUUCUGAAGUUAUGAGCAUGCAUAUUUCAUAUUAA